AUGGAUGAACCCCGGAAUUUUUCCUCUGACGGGGAUGCGGUCUCGAAUGUCGACCCCAGGGAGGUCAUCGACCGCGUUCCAACCGAGUUACUAGUGCAAGUGUUUCUACUCGCAACCGGGGAGCUUCGGGAGAUAGGCCUUGUAGUUCCCGCCAAGUGGUAUAGUCACACCAAGAUGGAGACCCGCUCUCUCAUUUCCUUGACUCACGUCUGUCGGAAGUGGCGUCAAGUCGUCCUUCAAGCUCCCCUUCUUUGGACGCGUAUGAACUGCUACACUCCGUCGCAACUCCGUGCGUUUUGGGAGCGCUCCCGCGGACUCCCCAUUUCUCUGGCCAUUCACCACAACGACAUUGAACACUACGUCGGCACGAGUUCAACGCCGGAAGCCACUCGGGAUAAAAUCGAGGAAAUUCUUGCUGUCACUCAUCAACUUGUCCGUAGUUUGGAUUUGCGACUCGAGGGUGAAGACGGUAUGGACCACAGCCCGCCUUCGUGGCUCUCCUCAUGCGACAUGCCCAAUCUCGAAGUUCUCGUUCUCUCCAUCCGACGUGACAGGAAAACACGCGUGUCGCGCAAAAACGCUCUCAUCGGGAACAAUGUGCGCUCGCUGAAGGCUCUCGCAAUCACGGAGCUCGGUGGAUGGUUCCCUGUCGACAUGUUUCCUAGCCUCACUCAUCUGCUCCUGGAUUGCACCAACGCAUCGAUCAAAGAACUUCUGCGCUUACUACGAGACUGUCCAAAAAUCGAAGUCUUGCAUCUUCCCGGGUCAUACUUCGAAUUCGACGGCGUAGUUGCAGAUCCAGUCUCCCUCCCCACGCUGAAGUUGCUGGCGUUCACCGGCGCAGAUUCGAAGACACUGGACCUCCUUCGCUUCGUUCACAUCCACCACACAGUGCCGAUCCGGAUGAUGUCGACGUUUAUCAGCGUCGAUGACUCCGAAGAAACGUUCUCCCCAGAAGAUAUAUUCCCCAUUCCCUUCGACAUCAUCCCCUCCAUACGCGGGGCCACCCACCUCGACAUCCGAAUGAACGAAGGUCUUUUCGAAGUCCACUUCGCCCUACACGGCGCCGCCUCCGGAUUGUGGAUGUUCGGCUCGCCCUACCCUACCUACGGCUACCAGUGGCUCGUCGACCAGAUCCGCCGUCUUUCCACGGACGCCCCCCUCUCCGACGUCACCUCCGUCGUCCUCGACAUCCCCGGCAGCAGCCCCGCCGUCCUCGUCGAUCUCCUCCGCCACCUCCCCAGCCUCGAGACGCUCACCCUGCGCCUCUACUGCCCCGGGAAAGGCGGCUGGCAGAUCGGCAGCGGCGGACGGAUCCCGUUCGAAGGCUCCCCCGCCGACGUCCUCGGCGCCCUCUGCGACGCGCUCGCUGGCCAGGCCGGCGCGCACGCGUCCGAGCCGCCCACGUGCCCCGCGCUGCGCGCGCUCGCGGUGUGCGCGAACAUCGGCACGGACGUCUGCGAAGACGUGCAGGCGGAGCUCGAUCGCUGGCGCGCGCGCCUGGAGGAGAUGCUCGACGCGCGCGCGGCGACGGCGGCGCCGAUUCGCAGCCUCCGCGUCCAGCCUACCAACCGCGCGUACUGCGGGUACGGGCGCGAUCAGGGAUUCGACUUGGAGGCGACGAGGGCGGCGUUCGAGGAGGGGCUGUCCGCGCGGGUGGAGAAGUACUCCUGGGUGCCGCCCGGAGAGACGUUCUUCGAGGAGUUUAAGCUGUGGCCGCUUUGGAGGGUUGGGGGAGAGGAAGAGUAUUGGAGGCUGGAUUCGAAGUAUCAGCCCACCUACCGCGCUCCCGAGAGAUCGUGA